AUGUGCACGCGCGGUGACGACGCUCGCACCCUGGAGUUCUCCGAAGUUCGUGAGGAGAAGAAAAGCGCCAUGGAGGAGGACGAAGAGCGGAAGAAGGAGCAAACAACAACUAGUUCGGGUGCUGACAUGACGAGCGCGAACGCGACUAGCUCCGCCGACGCGCACGCGCGUGCACGUGCAGGAAAGGAGACUAAAAGCAAAGAGGAUUUGGACCUGGCCUCGGCGUACGUCUCGGACGCCCAGUACAACCGCAACAUUUUCUUCGACACGUCGCCGCAGGCCGUCAGGUUGUAUUUGCUGUACAACCGCCGGCUUCCUCAGGUGCUGCUCUACUUUUUCAUCCUGCUGGAUUUGAGCUUGGCUUUAUGCGAGGAGCCCGCCGUCUGGCCGCUGCCGCCGUGGGCCACCAUGUUGGUGGAGCUGGUGUGCCUGCACGUCUUCGCCCUGCGACUGGUCCACUAUGCCAAAGUCAUCCCUCGGGAUAAGUUCUGGAAGGACCCCAAGAACAUAUGCAUCAUCGCCGUCCUGGUGCUAACGCUAGCGGACAUGAUCAUCUGCGGCGCCUUGCACGCCGCCGGCAUUUACUUCCUGCGCUGCUCGCGAGUGCUGCGACCGCUCCUAUUGGUCAAUGUGACAGAGGGACGACAGCUACGCAGGGCCUUCCGAAGCAUCCGAAACGCCCUCCCUCAGAUCAUGUCCGUCUUCCUGCUCUUCAUCUUCAGCAUCCUGAUCUUCUCCCUCAUGGCGCUCAAACUCUUUAGCAAGCGGGGCCUCAAGACUGCUGACGGCGCGCCAUACUUCUCUAACUACCUGGACGCCGUCUUCGAUCUCUACGUGCUGGUCACCACGGCUAACAGCCCCGACGUCAUGAUGCCCGCGUACGACGCCGGCUCGGCCUUCGCCAUCUUCUUCAUCGUCUACAUCCUGGUCAACACCUACAUCUUCAUGUCGGUCUUCCUCGCCGUGGUCUUCAACAACUACAAGAAGUACUUGAAGGAGGAAGUGCGGCAACUGGUGCGGGCCAAGCGGCACAAGAUGGCGCGGGCCUUCGCCGUUCUGCAGGAGCCGCCCGAGGACGGAGACGGCGAGCCGGUGGUCAGCCGCGAAGUCUGGAAGCGCCUGGUUCGGCUGGUGCAGCCCGACAUCAGCCGCGCGCACACCGAGCUGCUCUGGUGCGUCUCGGACGACGGCUGCCGCGGCACCAUCGGCAAGACGGCGUUCGUGCAGCUGUGUGACCUUCUCAACAUCCAAGUCAUCACGCUCAAGUCCCGGCCGCACCCACUGGGGCACCUUUGCCCCGCCCUCUACCACUCGGCGCCCAGCCGCCUCCUCUGCCGAUGGGUCCGUCACAGGGCCUUCACGGUGGUGUACGACAUAAUCAUCGUGAUCAACGCCGUCUUCAUCGGACUGGACGAGGACGACCCCAACGUGGCCAAUUCUGAGUGGGCCUUCCUGGCGCUGUACCUGCUGGAGAUCCUGCUGAAACUCUACGUUAUUGAACCCAGGACCUUCUUCUCCAGGCACAGCUUCUGGAACUGGUUUGACACCAUCAUCGUGGUUUGCGCCCUCGUCGCCACGAUCGUCAACGCCACCAUGGAGUCAUCGGGAGCUUACAGCAGCCGCCAGAUCCUGGACAUCGUUUUCAUCCUGCGAGUGCUGCGACUGGUCCGAGUGGUGGACAGCAUUCAGAGGUUCCGAGCCAUCGUCAACACCCUGAUCCGGAUCGGACCGGCCAUCCUUACCUUCGCCCAGCUCAUUCUGGUGGUGUACUACGUGUUCGCCGUGGUGGGCAUGGAGCUGUUCAAGGGGAAGGUGCAGUUCUACGAGGACCCCGACGCCCCGGGCUGGGUCGACUGCGGGAACCGGUUGCUGCGAGGGAGCGCCUUUGCCAAGCUCAAAUACUGCAAGAACAACUUCAACGACGUGCUGUCCUCCUUUGUGCUCCUCCUGGAGCUCACCGUGGUCAACCAGUGGCACGUCCUGAGUAGCGGCUUCGCGGCGGUCACGCACAAGUCGGCCAGGAUCUACUUUGUGCUUUUCCACAUCACCGUGGUCAUCGUUAUCAUCAACAUCUUUGUGGCGUUUGUGUUGGAGGCCUUCUUCCUGGAGUAUUCUCUGGACAAGAGCGACCUACACACGGAGCUGGAGAAGAAAAUCGAGGAGCUCCGGCUCGGCGUGGCGCAGGAAAUGGCGGAGGACAACCUACUGAACGCCAUGGAAACAAGUGAGCAGCCCGGCGACGCGUCGGAGAGCGGCCGACCUCAACUGCUCUUCAAAAUCGCCUCCAAAAGGUACCGGACGGUGGACGCCUUGCUGCAGCGGCUGUUCGAAGCCGACGUAGAGCGAGGGGAACCUGACGGCGCCGACGACAUUGUGGACGGCAACGGGAACUUUGCCAAUCCGUCCUUCAACGCCGCUUAA